AUGUUAUUCCUGGAGAGGGCUUGGGAGACUUUUCAACAGAAGACUUCGGAGAACGCGUACAGAUUUUCGAUAAGCGCAGGAUUGGAAAUGUUUCACUCGACCACGCGGAAAUAUUUGAUGAUACAGGAGUCGAAAGAGUCCUGUCGAGAAAAAUGGUACCUGCCGGCGGGAACCGUUCAUCACAAAGAGUCGUUGGACGAAGCUGCUGUUCGAAUCGUCAAGGAAGAGUCCGGCAUCAUAGCAAAGACGAAUUCAGUUCUUAUGGUGGAAGAAAUCGGUCCGUUUUGGCUGAGAUUUACUUUUACGAUGGAAGUUGUCGAUGGAGACCUGAAGAUCGUAGAAGACUCUUUCAGUAUGCGCUCCCAGUUUUUGGCAGAAGACGCGAUUCGCACGAUGGCGUCUAAGGACCAACUCCGUGAUGUUGACAUGAUGAGAGCGCUCAAUGUCGCCCGCAAAGUCAAACGCAAGCUCCCAAAAAUCGAUUCAGCUCUCGGCAACUACAAAUGGAGCAUGCUCAAAAUACAAGACAUUCCACACAAGUUCAUCUCCAUCAGAGCAUGUUUCGUUUUCAAGAAUGACGAGAGCAAAUACUGGGUCCUCCAAAAUCGAAAAACACUUGGCUUGCCGAAUCUCCCUGGCUGGGGUGCACUGGAUCAGAAAUGUCUCCAUGCGAUUGUUUUCAAGUUUCUCGUGGGAGUUUUUAAAAAAGAAAAUCUUCACUGGUAUUCAUACAAGACGAUGGGAGUGACUUGCGUUGAGCACAAGAAAGCGGAAUCUGCACACGACCCGCAAGGCUUGCGGCUCACAGUUCUAUUCCGAAUUCUAAAAGACGAGCACGCAGCUGCCAGAAAACAGAAAAAUGACUACCCAGAUGUGAAGUCAACCACAUAUGUUUGGGAGGAGCUGCAGGAUAUCUCCUCUGCCGAGGCGCUUUCAGAGAUCUUCAAGAGUCCAAAUAUUUUGCCCCCGCUUCAUUCGCCAGUGCUCAUCAAAAUCGGUUACGCCGCGAAUGAUCAGUAUCAGAGUCUCAUCCAUCUGGACACCUGGCACUCAAACCCGCUUUUCUCCACGUCUUAUGGCAAAGGCAAAAAAGCUCUCUAA